ACCCGAAUCGAACUCCCGUCAUUUAAAUAACUCAGAUAAUCAUCCUCUACACUUGGUAACCUCGACGUGAGAAAAGCGAUUUCAAAGUGAACGUGUUACAAUCGGUAUGACGAGUACAAGCGGAGCCGAUUGUGUGUCGAUCGAGCAAGAUCGAGUAGAUGCGGUAAACAUACCGCUCCGCAUACCGCCGUUCUGGUCUCAUGACGUCGCGCUAUGGUUCUUGAUGCUAGAGUCGCAAUUCGAAGUUGCCCGGAUUACUAGCGAUAAGACGAAAUUCCACACUGCCGUCACAAAUAUUACAGCGCAGCAUGUGCAGUUAGUCCGGGACAUAUUGUUCGACCCGCCGGAGACAGGGCAGUAUGAACACCUCAAAAAGGAACUGAUAAGGACAGGCAGACUCGGACUUCAUGAGAGCGUGGAAACGGGACCUACCACUACGACGAACACGAAACGGCGUUUCACGGUGGCGGACGUUAACAUGCCUAUCAUCGGCGUGGACUUCUUAAGCCACUAUGGGUUAGUGGUCAAGCCUCGAAAUCGACGCCACAGCGACAAGGCCAGCAACUUACGACAACGCGAUACAAGGACACGACUGAGGCUGUAUCAAGCAAAACAAUCGUCGCGAACCUCGACGCCUCGCCUCCGAUCGACGCAAGCAGGUGAAGGCGGAAUUUGAGACGAUGACCGAGCAAGAAGUGAUGCGACCAGUGAA